AUGUAUUUAAACAGCUUGUUUACAAAUCCAUAUGCCAUAGAAGUCCUAAAGACAAAAAAGGAAGAACUGGUAGAAGGCUUAAACAACCCAGACCAUCUUCUUAAUUGGCUGAUAGACAAUGGUAUUUUUACACCAGAGAAAAAAAUGGUUAUGUCCUACUACAGAACACGAAGAGCAAAGAACUCCCGGGUUUUGGAUAUCCUGGUUUCUCAAGGUGAGCGAGCUUGCAGGCUGUUUUUUUAUCCAUGUCUAAAACAAGUGGAGCCAAAUCUAUAUAAUAGAGUAAAAAAAUAUGUCAGUGAUGUGAAUGAAAGUAUUGGAGAUGCUAGAAGACAACUGGUAGGAUACCUACUUGAAAAGGACAAGGAAUGGAUUGAAACGACCAGUGAACAAAACCAAGAGAAGAAAGAUAUUCCUAGACAGAUUUUAUCAAAGCAAGAAAGAGCAACUAAAGAGAAAGUUAAACAAACACAAAAUUUACCUGCAGCAAAACCUAAGACCGACCAUUCUAAUGCUGUUAGUAUCUUUGAUGCAGCUGCUAAAGGUGAUCUUUCCGAUCUAGCGAAAGUAUUGAAGGAGAAUGAUAUUAAUGCAGUAAACGCCUCAAAUGAAACACUUCUGCAUAUUGCAGCUGCUAAUGGACAUGUCGCAAUAAUUGAAUAUUUAAUUAACAAAGGUGCUAAACUAGAUGUAAAGGAUAAAAAAGGAAGAACACCACUGCACAGGGCCGCUGAAAAAGGCCAGGAUGAUGCAGUGAAAGUGCUUCUCCAAGCUGGUGCCUACAUAUACAGUUUGGAUAAAGAAGCCAAGACCCCACUUCAUUUGGCUGCUCAGAACCACCACACUCACAUACUGAAGAGGAUCCUGAAAGAAGAAGCAAGAUGCUACAAGAACCAGCAAAACUUCUUACACAUGGCAGCUCUCAAAGAUGAGAGCAACCUGGCACAAAUGCUUUUAAAGAAUGGUGCCCCAGCUGAUGCAAAGGAUGAGAAGGGACAGACUGCUUUGGGUUAUGCCAUUUCCCAGGGAUUUGAGAAAACUGUAAAGGUGUUGCUAGAAGCUGGAGCCAGCAUUGACUCUAACAUCAUUGAUGUAGCCUUCAAUAAUAACAAACAAUCCAUAUUCAGAAUACUGCUGGAAUAUUCUAAAGGAUUGUCCCCUGACAUGAUGGUGUCAGCUCUUUUUAAAGCUGUCCAGAAGAACCUGCAUGGCAUUGUAGCAGCUUUAGUUGACAGAGGCACAGAUAUCAACGCCCACAAUGAAAUGCAGUACACACCUUUACUUAUGGCAUGUGAAAUGGGUAAAACAGAGACUGCAGAAGUUCUCAUCGCAAAGGGGGCUAGUUUGGAGGAGAAGAUGCCCAACUCAAACACGGUUUUACAUUUGGCAGUUCAAGCCGGGGCAGUCUCCAUCACAAAUCUGCUUCUCCGCAAAGGGAUGAAUGCUAACAUCACAAGCCAGGGAGAGCAAACCCCGCUUCAUGUUGCUGCAUUUCAUAAUAAGGGAUCAAUAGUUGACAUUUUAAUCAAUGCUGGGGCCAAAAUGAAUGCUGUCACUAAGGAAUUAGUCACUCCCUUGCAUGUCACAAGCCAAAGAGGUAAUGUUGAUGUUGCUCAACAGCUGCUGAAUCACAAAGCCAACGUUAACGUAAAGGAUAAGCAGUCAAAGACACCCUUACAUCUUGCUGCUGAAAAGGGAGACCAUGGAAUGGUGGAGCUGCUUCUUAGUUUUAAUGCUGAUCCCAAUGCAAUGGACAAGGAGAAAAAGACCCCACUUCACACUGCAGCUAUGGGAGGCCAUCUCAAUACAGUUAAAGUUCUGUUAGCCCAGAAAGCCAGAUUUGGAAUUAAGGACAUGGAUGGCUGCACACCAAUGCACUAUGCGACCAUCAAAGGCAAUGCAGAGAUAGUACAGAUCCUUUUGACAGCAGGGAAGAAUAAAAAUAUUGAUGAUAAAAAUAUCUGGAGAAAGACUCCACUGCAUCUUGCAGCAGAACAUGGACAUGGUGACUUGAUAAAUUUGUUGUUGAGCAAUGGAUCAGCCAUUAAUGCUUUAGACAACAACAAGGAUACCCCAUUGCAUUGUGCUUGCAAGGCUGGUCAUUUUAACUCCGUAAACUCACUUGUCAGCUGGUCUCAGGGAGAGAAAGCAAACUUACAAGCCACUAAUAGCCUCAAAAAGACACCGCUGCAAGUAGCAGAAUUUAGCACAAGUGACAACCAAGCUCAGAUUGUAACACUUUUGAAAAACAAAAUGUUAAUAAGAUAA